AUGCCCUGUCUGGCCAACACCGAAUACUACGCCUACCUGUGGCUCCGCUGCAACCACCUGGCAAUGCGCCUCUGGCCUGGCCGCCACGUCUUCGUCCAGCUAGGAUCAUACAACGCCCGGACGCUCUUCCACGCGCGCGUCACUGUCUGGGGCCGCGGCCGCCCCUUCUGCAUAUACGGCUCGGAUGUCGACACCGAUAUCGCCGCCCUGAUCGACCUGCGCCGCAGACUUACCUUGGCGCUCAACGCGGUCCGGCGCAACCCGCGCGUCAACCGGAUACGCGUUGCGAGGAGGGGAUAG